AUGGCUAGUUCUUGUGUUACGGCCGUUAGCUUUUUUGGAAUUGUACAACGCAUAUUUGUAUUAUUUUCUAAUUCUACCAAGCGAUGGAAAAUUUUACUUGAUAAUGUUCCUAAUAUGACUGUAAAGUCUCUAUCUAACACUCGAUGGGAGGCUCGUGUUAAAAGCAUUAAAGUACUCAGAUUUCAAGCUCCUCAGGUAAGGAAAGCUUUGCUUGAAUUGUAUAAUAUUUGUGAUGAUGCUAAAUCAAAGAGUGAAUCUGAAAGUUUGGCAUCAAUGAUUGAAAGUUUUGAAUUUAUACUUGGUAUGGCUAUUUGGUAUGAAAUCUUGUUUGCUAUAAAUAUGGUUAGUAAGAAAAUGCAGUCCUCAUCUAUGUGUAUUGAUUCUGCCAUUAAUCAAUUGGAAAGCUUAAUUGCAUUUUUUGAGAAGUUUCGAAUAGAUGGGUUUGUCUCUAGUUUAAUUAUUGUAAAUGAUAUUGCAUGUGAAAUGGACAUAGAUCCUGUUUUUUCGACUAAACGUGUUAAGAAGAUCCCUAGAAAAUAUUUUGAUGAUAAUACUUCUAAUGUUGAACAACAAUCGCCAGAAGAAUCUUUUAGGAUCAACUAUUUUUUAGUAUUGGUUGAUAUGUCUCUUGCAUCCCUAAAAUAUAGGUUUGAACAAUUGAAUGAGUUUAAUGACUUAUUUGGGUUCCUUAUGAAUUCUGGAAAGUUGAAGGCAUUGAAUGAAAGCAAAUUGAAAGAAAAGUGUAGCACAUCUUGUAAUGUAUUUUCUCAUGAAGGUUAUAUGGAGGCAAGACAAUGA